UCCUGACACACGGCUGGAGGCUGGGCAGCACUUAAGCAGCUGCUGCUUCCAGCCCUUCCUAAUGAUGUGCAUGUCAGGACAGCAGGCUGACGAGGAAUGUCAUCCACACCAUGCUAGUUCUCAGGUUUCUCAAUGUGGUCGCUCCAGCCUACUUCCUGUGCAUCUCCCUGGUGACCUUUGCCCUCCAGCUCUUCCUCUUCAUCCCCAGCAUGUUCCAAAGCCCUUCUGGCGCGGCCUCCCCGCUUUUUUCCUCUGCUCUGCUGCAUGGGGCUCUCUUCCUCUUCCUCUCGGCCAAUGCACUGGGCAACUACAUCCUGGUGAUACAGAACUCCCCUGAGGACCUGGGCAAGGGCCUGGACAUGGCCAGAGGAGCUGAAGUGGAGGCCGACUGGCCGGACGGAAGCCGUUCCUCCACGGGCUCGGCCUUGCCUGGCUCCCACUUCUGUAGACUGUGUGCCAGGUUCACCCAAAGGCACGACCACCACUGUUUCUUCACAGGGAACUGCAUUGGGAGCAGGAACAUGCGGAACUUCAUUAUGUUCUGUCUGUACACCUCCUUGGCUUGCCUCGAUUCCCUGGUGGCCGGGGUGGCUUAUAUUUCUGCUGUGCUCUCCACCUCCUUUGCCAACCCACUGGCUUUCCUUACCCUCCUGCCUCACUCCAUCAGCCAGUUCUUCUCAGGAGCUCUCCUUAGCUCGGAGAUGUUUGUCAUCCUCAUGCUGUACCUCUGGCUGGGAAUUGGACUCGCCUGUGCUGGCUUCUGCUGCCACCAAAUCCUGCUGAUUGUGCGCGGGCAGACGCGAUACCAGGUGCGGAAGGGGAUGGCGGCCCGUGUGCGGCCCUGGAAGAAGAACCUGGAGGAGGUCUUUGGCAAGAGGUGGCUGCUGGGACUUCUCAUCCCCAUGCUCAAUGUAGGAAGUGAUUAUCACCGACAGAAGGAGAAGUGA